GAGAAUGUGAGGAAAGGUGUUCUUUCAAUGGAAGGUUUGAAAUAUGCCAUUUAGGGAACCUUGGCUACUUCACACUUAUGUAAUGCAGUUUUUUAGAAUGGAUUGGGGAGAAGGAUAUUCCCAUAAUUCUUUUAACCUACAUUGUUUGUUAAAUUCACUUCCUGGAGAUUCGGAGUUUAAGCAGAUCUUCAGUGACAUUGAUGAAAAGAUACAACAAAAUGCUACAAGCAUAGAACAUUGCAUUGAAGAAAUACAAUCUGAAGUUAACAAGCAGUGUCCAGAUGUGCAGCUGCAAACGACAACUGACUGUUUUGAGUGGCUAGAUAACUAUAAUUAUAAUUCAUCCAAGUCACCUUCCAUUCCCCAUGGAGAUUUGAUAAAAUUCCUCAAAACACUGCAUGAUUCAUUGACGAGUGAACUAAAUCAAGAAGAAAUGAUACUGGAUUUACUUUGGGAUCUCUCCUGCCGGAGCAGCAUUUCAUUCCCAGCAACUCUAAGUGGGGCAUCUUUCCAUUUUCCCUCCAGAACUUCUCUUCAUUCUGUCGAAGAUGAUUCCUCCAUGGAUCUAAAGUCUAUCUGGGAUAACAUAAGACUACAUCUCCGACGCUUCUUAGUGAGCAAAUUACAAAGCCAUAAUGAAAUCAUCAAUCCACAGCACAAAAUUUGCUUGAAAAAGCAGUGCCUACGACAACUGCUGUUUCUUUAUCCGGAAUCCGAAGUCAUAAUCAAGUACCAUGGCAUACAGAUCAAACUGUUGGCUGAACUCCUGCAGAACUGUUUUCCUGCUUAUAGCAGAGAGUCGAAUUUAGAUGUAAUGGCUUGUGGAUACCAAAGUACAAUGCUUAAGUUAUAUUCCAUGAUAAAAGAGGAUUUUAACACACUACAUGAAAUUUUAGCUCCCACCUCAACAGUGAAAUUCAUUAAAGAAACUUACCUGGAUACUGCUGCAGAAGAAACGGCAAAGUUUCUUGGAAAUUUUUGUGAGCUGCAGUUCAAAGAAAGUGCCUUCCGUGUGACUAAAACAAGCAAGCGCUCCAGCAGACAUAGAGGAGCAGUGCAUGCCUUGGGUUAGUGAUUUUUUAACUUUGUUCGGUUUGACUUAAGCCUUUUCAUGCCUUUAAUUUGUUAACAUUUUUCUCUUUGAUUAAACUUACUGCAGUCUCGAAACUAAAUCAGAAAAUAAAUAUUACAAAAUUUUGCAGU